GACAUCGACAAGAGUAUGUACUUUCAGACGGGCACGACCGACCAGACGCCGAAACGCAAGCUACGUCUAUGCCCGAGCUACGUUGUCGGCGGGAAGCUGGAGGAGCUCGUCGUCACCUACAUCGACCAGUUGGGCGACGCCGAUCAAGCCGACUUUCUGCAUGCCGUCUCGAACAUGCCUGCUGUGCUCGGCGGCUUGGGCAUGGAGGUGUGGAGCUUAUGCACUGGCACAGGUAUCAUGCACCACGCCCAGCAGGCAAUUGAAGCUGUCCUCUCGCAGAAGUACUCCAUCUUCUUGAAGCAUCAGCACGUGCUGGCUUGCGAGCAGGACCCUCGCAAACGCAAGUUCGUAAUUGCCGAGCUGGGCGUCCCCUUCGUUGCUGAGUCGAUGGAGGAGCUGAGCAAAACCACUGCCUUGAACUACAGCGUGGACUUCAACAGGCCGACCAUGGAGACUUUGCCGAGGGCAGUCUUUAUGGAGGUCGGCUUUCCUUGUAAGUCUCGGAGCAGCCUCAACGCUGCAUCAUCAACCAUGGUGAACUGCGUGCAGGACAACAAGGGGAAGACCGGGCAUGGGUUCAAGGCUGCUGAGAAUGUCGUUGACACUCAUGAUCCUCAACUUGGUGUUGCAGAGAACGUCAAGGGAUUGCGAGUAGCUCCCCGCGGCGGCAUCUCCGACGAGCAGCACAUCUUGAACAUGUUCCGCGGCCGUGGCUACUGGGCGCACAGCCAGCUCAUGGGCGCCAAAGACUUCGGAAGCCCGGGCGUGAACAGGGAGCGCCUGUGGUGGGCGUUCAUCAAGAACCUGGACGAGGACUACGCGGUUGUCAGCAAGUACUUCCAGAGGCUGGUGAACAGUUUCAAGCACGCGUGCAAGUCGCCGAUGAGCGACUUCAUCACCGUCGACGACAAUCAGCGCCGGACCGAGGCCGCCAGGCUCGGCCUCGCGUUGCACGAGACUGAGGGCCCGAAGGAGAGCACAGCUACUAAGUCGCAGCAGCAGUGGAAGUUGGAUCAUCACCGCUAUUUUACAGCAAACGGCAUGACAUGGCCAGCUUUGCCAUCAGUGCUCGAUCCUGUACGUCCCGGAGGGCUCCUUCCACGCGAGCGCGAGGUGGCGGCUUUCCUGCACGCUCACUUCGCGCCCACCUCUGAGCUGGAGUUCUUGGACGCCAACCAGAACAUCGUGUGGUUUGUCAGGAGCUACGUGGACGAUGACGGCGCGCUGAAGGCUGAUCGCACUGGCUCGCCGUGGAAGCCCACCAUCCCCACGUUGACUGGCAACGCCACGAUGCUGGUCCGCAUCAGCAACCUCCAGGCUGGCACGAGCACCAUUCGCUUGAUCGAAAGCUUCGAGUCGAUGAGGCUGAUCGGCUGGUUCGACGAGCUCUGGAAGCCGCUGCCGCCGGGUCGGGGCAGGCGCAACCCUGACAACUCAGGCCUGCUGGCGAAGCCGUUCAGCGGGCUCUUGGCGGACAUGUCUGGGAACGCCUACUGCGUCUGGCACUGCGUCCCGUGGCUCUUGGCAGUGUACGCGACGACGGGCAAGUUCGGCAAGCGCAACCGCGGCCUGGACCCAGCUUCGCCUUCUCCGUCUUCGGCUUCGAGGCGUUCGAGGUCGCCUUCAGACCACGGUGGGAAGCGCCGCCGUGCGCGCGCCACCGACGAGUCCACCAGUUCGGACUGA